UUACAUCGAGAAAAAGUGUAUAUUUUGCUUUCACAAAAUAUGCAGCGAGCGGAGCGAUUUGAGAUUUUCUUCUACAUCGUAGCCCUCGCCGCUGGAUGUUGCAUUUCAGUUCUUCUUAAACUCAAUGAAACUAAUUUCAAUGGUGACUGUUUACUUUUUGGAAAACUGGAUAUUCUAACCAACAACAUAUUCAUGGGAAGUCAAGCGUACUGUAAUUUUACAUUUUACUCCUCUUUGACAAACGCCAUCUUAGCGAUUUUGCUCGGAUUUGGCCAAUGCUGCUGUAGUGUACACACCUACAAUUGGAGCGUAGUUUACUUCAAAUUCAUGGCCACCAUUUUAGCAGCAAUUGCAUGGAUCAACUGCUUGGUGUGUACUAUAUUUAUCGUCACUGGCUUCAACAAAUGGUGUAACUCUGUAACCAACAAUGGAAACAUUGAAAGGUGCAAAAAUGCAGAAAGGUGGGAUUGGACUGUUUACAGACCAGUUGGUAUUGAUGGCAGAAACUUUUACACCCACCUGUUUAUAGCAGAGGUUGCAUCAUAUUCUGCUUUAGGGAUUUGGUUUAUCAUAACAGUGUUCUCUGGUAGAAAUUUCAAGAAAAGCUUGUUUGAGAUGAAAGCUUCUGAGUAUUACCUUACUGAUGAGAGAAUGGCAUACUCAUCACCCAUCCAAGAAAUUCCAUUUUAUGAGGUUACAAGUGACAGGGGAUCAAGAUAUCUUUAAAUUAGUACUUCUUAGUUUGCAAAUAUUCAGAAAUGUUUUGCUGAAUUAAUAAUAUAGAAAUUUAUAGCUUCAGAAAACCAAAUGAGAAGUUUUUCAUUUGAAAUAAAUAAUGAUGAAAUAAUGUAAACUGUCUCCAACAGUGUCCAGAGUCAUCAUCUUAAGGAUCAGAUACCAAAUAUCAAAAAAAUUAAUAUUCCAUAGCAUAAAAGGCUUUAUACUGUAAGACUUGAAAAACUUAAUAAAAUAACUGAGAUAUUACCCUUUGUUGUAAUGGUUAACCCAAAGUUAUUUUAUAAAAGAGCAUUAGACAAAACUUUCUAUCAGUUAACCAGCCUACAACCGUGGCGGGAUGUUGGGAACUGGAGUUGACAACAGAAAGCGUGUUCUAUAGCUUAAUUAACAUUCUUAAUAUUGACUUUCUGGUACAUAUAUCUAUAUUGUUUCUAAGUUUCACAGCUUAAAUUCUUAAAAUUGGUUUCUAUUUAGUUUCAAUUGGUGUCACUCCAGUGUAAGUGGAAAACUGUGUAGCCUACUGCAUGGUUUUGUCACUUUCAUCAUCACAACAUUGACUGAUUUUUUUGGUUAUUUACUGCCUUAAUGGGCAUAGAGAGAUUGAAUAAAUAGUUAUUAUAAGUU